UGUGAACAGAAUGCGGCUCCUGACAGUUCUGCUCCUGUGUGUUCCAGUCUGUGGGCAAGCAGAUCCCACAAGGGCAGUGGUUACCUUGCAACCUCCAUGGGUCAGCAUGUUCCAAGAGGAAAGUGUCACCUUACAAUGUGAGGGGCCCUGUGUGCCUGGGAACAGCUCCACCCAGUGGUUUCGCAAUGGCACAGCCAUUCAGACCUCAAAUCCCAAAUACAGCAUCACAGGGGCCAGGGCCAGUGACAGUGGUGAAUACAGGUGUCAGACACCUCUCUCAAUACUAAGUGACCCGGUCCAGCUGGAAGUUCACAGAGACUGGCUGCUGCUCCAGCCCACAGGCAGAGUCCUCACGGAAGGAGAACCUCUGACCUUGAGAUGCCACGCCUGGAAGAACAAACUGGUGUACAAGAUACUUUUCUACCAAAAUGGCAAAACCUUUAAAUUUUCUCGUCAAGAUCCUGAACUCACAAUUCUGAAAACCAAUGUGAGCCACAGUGGCAUCUAUCACUGCUCGGGCUUGGGAAGACAGCGUUAUACAUCGGCCGGAACAUCUAUCACUGUGAACGAACUGUUUCCAGCUCCAGUCCUCACGGCAUCCUUGUCAUCACCCCUCCAAGAGGGGAGCCCAGUCAGCCUAAGCUGUGAAACGAAGUUGCUUGUACCAAGGCCUGGGCUGCAGCUUUAUUUCUCCUUCUACCUGGGCAGCAAGAACUUGACAGACAGGAACACCUCCUCUGAGUACCAGAUACUGAGUUUUAGAAGAGAAGAUUCUGGGUUCUACUGGUGUGAGGCAGCCACAGAAGAUGGGGCUGUCCUUAAGCGCAGCCCUGAGCUGAACCUUCAAGUGCUUGGACUCCAGUCACUAAUUCCUGCCUGGUUUCACAUCCUUUUCUAUCUGUCAGUGGGAAUCAUGUUUUUGGUGGACACUGUUCUCUGCGUGAAAACACAGAAAGAACUGCAAAGAAAGAAAGAGUGGAAUUUAGAUAUCUCUCUGCCUUCUUAUGACAGAAAGAAAAUAAAUUCUUACCUCCAAGAGGAUAGACAAUCAGAAGAGGAGGGGAAAUGCUAAGAACAAGGAGAAAGGCCACAGCACAAGGAGCCCAGAGAACAGCAGUCCUAGCUCCAGGGGUAGCCACAGAUCAGCCAGUCCUGACCCCUUGGCUCUCUGUGGGCGCUGUAGAACACAAACAUUCAAAAGUGGACUGAUACUAAAAAUAUGUGUAAUAUAACUAUUUUUCCACAGUCAUAUAACUUUUAUUACAGUAUAUCGCUACAAUUC